AUGAACGAACUUGCUUCAGCCGUACGUCUACACAUCGGGAUCAACUUACAGGCGAUUAACGCCUAUAAACAAUUGAGGCUCGUCAUUUUGGGGGCUGAUACCUCUUGCAGCUUUAGCGAACAAGGUUUCAAAAUCUGCAAGGACAGGGACUUGUUACCCACACAGGAGUUAGUCCCACCCAGUCCAUCCACCUCUUGA